CAGCCAAAGCAAAAGCGGCGAGGCAGAGAGGCAUCGCCCUAGAUAACGGUAGAAUUGUGUAGUGUCUCCUCGUUGUCUUUUUCGCACGGGAAUUAUAGUGCAAUUAAUUCGCAAGAAAGAAAAAGUGUCAAAAACUAAUCGUCGAUUUUCGCGUCAAUAUUAAAUCACGAUUCCGAUAACAGUCGUCGAUGGAAUUUUCGCAAUACAACGGAUUCGUGUUGAAUUGAGAGUGACACACUAGCCGCUUCACGGUAUUAUAUACGUGCAUUCGACUUAUAAAAGUGUACAUUUAUUUUCUCUCCAUGAACUCAUGACGGUGCAGUGACCAAGUGAACAGCGUGGCAGGAAGCGAUUAAUCGCCGGGGAAUCUGUAAAACAGGAUAGACAAAAAAAAAAGGCGAGAUUUUAUUUUACAACAAGGACUUGGAGACGUUGCAGCGAAAAACGAGAGUUCUGCUUGCGGGAUAGAUAGAAGAUCUAUCUCGCUGAAAGUGAAAAAGAACAAGACGAGGAGGAUUCGGUGACCCCUUGGCUGUGAUACGAGGCAGAUAGCUAGAUAAGACAAAGAAAGAGAGAGAAAGAGAGAGAGAGUGAGAGAGAGAUGCGUGAAUAUAAGAUAGUGGUACUGGGCAGCGGAGGUGUUGGUAAAUCUGCCCUCACUGUUCAAUUUGUACAAGGAAUUUUCGUCGAAAAAUACGAUCCAACCAUAGAAGACAGUUACCGUAAGCAAGUUGAGGUCGAUGGACAACAAUGUAUGCUGGAAAUUCUAGACACAGCCGGAACGGAACAAUUCACAGCCAUGAGGGACCUUUAUAUGAAAAAUGGCCAAGGCUUUGUAUUGGUGUAUUCGAUAACGGCACAGUCAACGUUUAACGACCUCCAAGACUUGAGGGAACAAAUCCUGCGGGUAAAAGACACGGAUGAUGUGCCAAUGGUGUUGGUAGGAAACAAAUGUGAUUUGGAAGAUGAGAGGGUAGUGGGCAAAGACCAGGGCGUCAACCUUGCCCGGCAAUUCAAUUGCGCCUUUAUGGAGACUUCUGCCAAAGCCAAAAUUAAUGUUGUUGAUAUCUUUUACGACCUGGUGCGACAAAUCAACAAAAAGUCACCGGAGAAAAAGAUAAAGCAGAAAAAGAAAUCGGUGUGCCUACUGUUGUAAAGUAAUGGCCUAGGCCAUGUUCUCUCGUAAAAUAAUCCGAAGGAGAUACCAGUGGUUGGUGAGGGUAAAUGCAAAAAAAAAAUAAAACAAAAGGAUAAUUAGUGAAAGAAAAAAAAACCACAAAGCAGAGUAAAAGGGGUCUGAUAACGAAUUAAAA